AGCCCCAGUGCCAGAUAUUUUGUUUGGGGAGAGGAGAGAAGAUAUUUUGGGGGAGGGUGAUGGCUUAGCUAGGGUUUUAGCGCGCAAUGGCGGUGGACGAGGCGGCCUGCCCAGACGACCACAAUCCAGCCGCUGCGGCAUUCAAGCACUUGGCUGAAAAGUUCAAAACGGUUGAUGGCAAGUUCAUGGAGAGGUUUCCUUCUGCAAUGCAGAAGGAAGGCGUGGAGAAGGAAUUCGGGCAGAGCGGUCUCAAGAAGCUGCUCGUCAGGGCUGGACAAGGCUGGGAUGUCCCCAAGCCUGGUGAUGAGCUCACAGUGCACUACGUUGGGAGGUUUGCCGAUGGAACCAAGUUCGACUCCACCCACGAUAAGAACCAGCCCUUCGUGUUCAGGCUUGGCCAAGGAGAGGUGAUAAGGGGCUGGGACCGAGGCAUUGGCUCGAUGAAGAAGAAAGAAGUAGCCGUUUUCACAAUCCCACCCGACAUGGCCUAUGGCAAAGCUGGUUGCCCGCCCCUGGUUCCUCCAAACGCUACUCUCGUGUUUGAAGUGGAGCUGCUAACUUGGGCUAGCAUCACCGACGUGCUCAAAGACGGCGGCAUCGUCAAGAAAGUCGUCUCUGAGGGUCACAAGUGGGAAACUCCUAAAGACUCGGACGAAGUUACAGUGAGGUUCACGGCGACGUUGCAGGACGGCACCCUUGUUGAAAAGACACCCGCGAAAGGCGUGACCAUCUGUCCAAGAGAUGGAUUCUUUUGCCCUGCAAUCGGGAAGGCCGUAAGAGCAAUGAAACAUGGAGAACAAGCAUUGUUAACCGUGACGCCUCAGUACGGAUUUGCGGAACAGGGGCGUAAGGCUACCCGUAGUGGAGCAUAUGUGCCUCCCUAUGCAACCUUGACUGUUGACAUCGAGCUUCUCGAGUGGAGGACGGUAGAUGAUGUCACUGAUGACAGGCGUGUUGUCAAGAAGAUCUUGGUGGCCGGAGAAGGACAAACCAAGCCGAACGAUGGCGCCCUUGUCAGGGUCAAAUACGAGGCCAGACUUUUGGACGGGACGGUCUUUGAGCGCAAAGGCUACGGCCAAGAUGACCUGCUCGAGUUUACCAUCGGUGAAGAGCAAGCUGUGAGUGGCUUAGACAGAGCUGUGGCAGCUAUGAAAAAAGGUGAAGUUGCGGAGGUGACAAUCGCUCCAGAUUAUGGGUAUGGUGGCUCGGAAUUUCGGACGGACCUGGCAACUGUACCACCAAGUUCCACGCUAGUGUACAUCGUUGAGCUUGUCAGCUUUGACAAGGACAAAGACAUCUGGGAAAUGAGCACCCUUGAGAAGCUGGAAGCAGCAAGCAAGCACAAAGAAGAAGGGAACCAGCAUUUCAAGGGCGGAAAGUACUGGCGUGCUUCGAAGAAGUACGACAAGGCUGUCAAAUACAUUGAUCACGAUCACAAGUUUUCUGACGAGGAGAAAAAGCUGUCUAAGCAGCUCAAAACCGUAUGCUGCGUAAACAAUGCUGCGUCCAAACUGAAGCAGGAGAAGUACAAAGAUUGCAUUGCUUUAUGCACGAAGGUGCUGGAUCUGGAGGCCGGCAAUAUGAAAGCGCUUUAUAGGCGAGCCCAGGCUUAUUUGGAGAACGCGGACAUUGAACUGGCGGACAAGGACGUGAGAAAGAUGAUUGCUGCCGAUCCGCACAACAGAGAUGCCAAGGUGCUCCAGCAGGAACUGAGAAAGCGGGGAUUGGACUAUGACAAAAAAGCUGCAAAGCUUUUCGGCACUAUGGUUGCCAGAUUGAAUAGCGAGAGCUCGUAAAAAUAAAUGGAGUUAGCUAAGCUCUUACAUAACUUACCAUCCUUCCGUUUCUGACGGGCUUAA